CAGUUUCCAUAGUGUUAUAUGGAUUUCAAUGUUGCCAGCAGUAAGCGGCUGCCCGGAGACGCAGGGCGGGCGGUUCGCGUCCCUGAGCCAUCUUAGGCCAUCACAAGAGGCAGAAUACUGUUUGCCAUUUCGCUUCGUAUGUGUGCGCGCGCGCGCGCGCGCGUAAUCCCACUUCAUUUUUUUUUCGGUGUGCAUUUUAAUUCGUUAGAUCACUGGGGCAAUAUUUACUGGAAAUGUACGAAAGCCUAGGAACAGAAUGGCAAUGUGACGCCUAAAACGCCCGUACAAAGGAGACUGAGGUGAGUUACUGACGCUUGCUGGAAAUGCGCGUAACCUAGGAACAGAAUGGCAAAGUGAAGCGAGAAACGCCCCUGUACAAAGCAGACUGAGAUGAAUUGUUAUGACCGGAGAUUACGGAAAACUGUACCCGAACGAGAGAACAGCAGAAAUGAUCUAGUAACUCCACCAACACGGUCAAGAGUCAACGGUUGGACCUUACCUCUCCAUUCCUUCCAGUUAAUUGCCUGGGUGCUCUACAUCUACCUGGCAAUUGUUGCCUUUGGAAUUUACAUACCAAUGUUGCCAUAUGCAUGGAAGUACAUUGGUUAUGCUAUAAUUGGGCUGUUGUUUGUGUAUCAUUUCAUUGUCCACCUGGUUGCUGUAUCCAUCGACCCAGCAGACAACAGUGUGCGGGCCAGGAAGAACUAUAACAUUCCAAUGCCAACGCUUGACCGAGCCAAGCAUCCCCAUGUAAUUCAGAACCAGCACUGCUACCUCUGUGAAGUGGAUGUAGGAAUGAAAGCCAAACACUGCAGCACUUGUAACAAAUGCAUUUCAGACUUUGAUCAUCAUUGCAAAUGGCUCAACAACUGCGUUGGAGGAAGGAACUACUGGUAUUUCUUCCACACCGUGGUGUCUGCAGUUCUCGGCAUUCUGCUGAUUGCAGUAGUUGUCGUUUAUGUUUUCAUCCAGCAGUUUGUAAAUCCUGCAGAACUCCGCACGGCUCCGCAGUUUAAAGAUGUUCAAGGAAACAACACUUGGUUGGCAUUUUUGCCCAUUGCUCCCGUGGAAACGUCACAGGUUGGAAUUUUGGUCAUAGCAGGAAUCACCAUCAUUCUCAGUCUUGCUUCGCUGAUGUUACUUGGUCAUCUGCUGUGCUUUCACAUUUAUUUAUUCUUCAAGAAGCUGAGCACUUACGAAUACAUUGUACGAGAGCGUCACAAUCAGGACAUUCGAGAUCAUGGGAAAGAUCCUGAGUCUGCACACACUGCAUCAGCUCGCAUGACUGCGCUUCAGGGUCUACCGGAAUCCAAGUCUCAACCGGAAAUAGAGGUCACCGCUUCUGCUCGAUCAAGUGCUUUAAAAUACCAAGAUCAAGGUCCAGCUGCCAGCAGGUUGUCCAAUGGAAUCUGUCUAGAGGCUUCCAGUGUUUCUACAGCUAUAAACUCUUCUCAUAGUGGACAGUCACUGAAUAUGAAGAUCAAAAAUGGCUCCAAAGGGGCCUUAAACUUCGAUGAAACUAAGUUCACUUCUGAGAGAACAUCCACUGUUAGCUCCAUUCCUGAUCCACUGGAAAACUCUGAAGAAAUGCUACAGAAUGAUCAGAAGAACUUCCAGGGGUCUCAUCGCCAAAGCUUGGAGUCAAUAGAAGAGAUCCCAGUGGUACAAAGCCCUCUUGGCAGUGCAUCAAUGGACAGUGGAUGCAAGGAAGGAAUGACUAAUACAGAGAAGUGUUUUGACACAUCCAACCAAAGUGCACUCCCUGAUAACUCUCCGAGCUUCCUAGUAAAUCCAAGAGACUCCUCACAGUUAUCCACAAAAGCUGUGAACCAGCAACCAACAAGGACUUACCUGGUUAAGCAGGAUACUGAAACAACUCACCGGCGGCACAGCCAAUUACCACAACAGUCCAGCAAAACUAGCCAGAUUAGUCUUGGGUAAAUCAAAUUCCCCUAAAACUUUUGAGCUGUCAGCAUCGAUUUAAAUUACCAAUGUGAAAGUUGUCUUUCUUCAAUUAUUCAACAAUCGGUGCAUCAGACGAAUGUAGAAUUUCUGUGUGUGAAAUUAUUUGUGUCAAGUGUCCCACUCCCUCUGUAUCUGCAUAGAGUGAUAGAUCUUGUUUAUUAAAGGAAUCAUUUCUAUAGGAGAUUCUGGCUAACGUGAACCACUUGGAAUCAAAUAUUCUGGAGACCCUCUUUUUAACAUGAGUGGAGUCCCUCAUAUUCUUAUUCUCAUACUUGGGACCCUGUGCCAAAUUUUGGGGUAAUAAUAGAGGCAGUCACAUGACUCCUGAAAGGCCACAUCUGCACAUGUUGACCCAUCCACUGGAAGAGGGAAAGACUCAUCCUACUCACCGAGACUCCCACCCUGACUCGAGAGAGAGGAUAGGAAUGGUUUUAUUUCUUAAAGCAAGCAGGAACCAUGGAAAGAAAGGAAAUCAAUCAUCCUGAGCAUCUAAUCACAUUCUCCCUUCAACUUGUAAUGAUGAGCCUGAGAUCCUGAAAACUUCCACCAAAUUUGUUUUUUUUUACCUUGCACCACCUGAAAUUUUGGGCCUCUGUUAUUACCAUACUAACUGCUUGUGUCACCCCUGAUGCUGUCCCUCAGGGUUGAGGAUGAAUUACUACUUCCACACCAGUUCAUUGUGGACUGAGGUUGCUGAUGGGGUCACUGUGGAAGCUGCCAGCCUUGUCAUGGGUGGGUGGGUGGUGAGUGAGUAGUUUGGGAGGUGCUGUGCCUCUUCACCUGGGCUUCUGUGUGCUCCCGAUGAAAAGACUCGGAUGUUCACCAUGUCCUCCUGGAUAUCUCUUCUCCACUUUGAUCAGUCAGGGCCCAGGAAUUCCCAUGAGUCAGUGUGUGAUUUUUGUCUUGGUAUAGAGAAUUUGAAAUUUAACUCUGAAGCAUACACCACUUUGCUGGUGACCAACAGUGCUGCAAAAUAGGAACAUCAACAGUUUGAAAACCAUCUCCAAUUUCUUUCGGCCAAAGCACACCUAAUAACAUAAAGCCAGUUCCAGAUUACAAGAUUAACUAUUUCCAAACCUAAGCCACCUUCAAAAGCCAGUACGUAAAAUAUAACAAAAUAUUCUUGAUGAACUGUCUUCGACCUGAAAUGUUAACUCUGUUUCUUUUCUCGCAGAUGCAGGUUGAGUAUUUCUAGAAUGUUUCCUUUUUAUGUUACAGAGAAGUAUAUUUGACCUAGCAACAUAAAUUACUUUAGCAAGCAUAUAUUUGGUUACCUUCACCUUCCAUGCAUAUAGACUUCAUGUUGAACUGAUAGCCAGCACAACACGCAGUUAGAAUCUGAUUUGAUCUUAGCAGUUGCACCCUUAGUUUUGCAGCACCCACAUUCCAGAAGCUCACAGGAAUAUGAGCUGCUUUUAACCAAAUUUACAUAUAACACAUCUACUUUUCUAGAAUGAGAGCUGUUAAAUGUGAACAAGCUUAUGCUUUUAUACACAAACAAGCAUGUAGAAUUAUGUUAUCAACACAAUUCAUCCUUGGUUCUGGAAUAUGUUGAAAAGCUUUUUGUUUGUCCUGUGGAGUAGUUCCUUUCUAACAGGAGUCACUUGUUAAUGGGUAUAUUUAAAGUGGAGUUUGAUAGUUACUUGAUUAAUCAGGAUAUCAAAGGUUACAGGGAGAAGCAAGGAGAAUGGGGUUGAGAGGGAUAAUAAAUCAGCCAUGAUUGAAUGGUGGAGCAGAAUCUUUGGGCCAAAUGUCCUAAUUCUGCUCCUAGGUCUUAUAAGAGGUGAAAGGAGAGGGGAUACAAGUGUUAGGAGAUAAAAUAUUAGCUUUAUUUGUUACAUGUACAUCAAAAGACACAAGGAAGUGCAUCAUUUUGCAUUAACAAGCAACACGGUCUGUGAAUUAUGCAGCUCACAAGGAUUGCCACGUUUCCAGUACCAACAUGUUAUGCCCACAAGUAACUGACUAACCCUAACCAUACAUCUUUAGAUUGUGGGAAGAAACCCACGUGGGCAAGGGGAGAAUGUACAAACUGCUUACAGACAGCUUGGGAAUCGAACUCGGGAUGGGUGAUCGCCGGCGUUGUAAUUGAUACGUUACUGUGUCACACUUUUGACUGGUCUGAUACUGCAGUGAGAAUGAAUGUGAAACUAUUUAUUCCUAGAGAUAACAACUUUUGAAGUAUCUUCUACAUUUAAGUCAUGAUGUUCAGUUAUUUGGAAGAAAUAAGAUAUAAAUGUAAAAUGAAAUGAAUUCUUGUAUCUAUUAAUACCUACACUAAUCCAUUUGAGUAAAUGGUAUUUACUCAAUGAUCUUUAUUAAAUAUUUUCAAUGCUGCCAACUUAUAAUGUAAAAAUCAAUUCCAUUCUCUCUAUAUGUUUAGUUAAAAAUACUUCAAUCAUAACUUGCUACAUUACUAUUUAUGAUAGAAAUUACCUAGGCAUGCUGUCAUAUUCUAAAUACAACCUUCAUUCAGUGGUGAAUUUAAAAGGCAAACAUGAGGAAAUCUGCAGAUGCUGGAAAUUCAAGCUACACACACAAAAUGCUGGUGGAACGCAGCAGGCCAGGCAGCAUCUAUAGGGAGAAGCACUGUCGAGGUUUCAGGACCUGACGAAGGGUCUCGUCCCGAAACGUCGACAGCGCUUCUUCCUGUAGAUGCUGCCUGACCUGCUGCGUUCCACCAGCAUUUUGUGUGUGUUGCUUCAUUCAGUAGUUCUUGUCAGGAGGACGCUGUUCCAGUGUGACAAAUUACAACUUGCAUUUUCCAUUAUAAACCUUGAUGUAAAAAAAUUAUACUUGGGAAGUAUAAAAAUGACAAUUUUGACUUGAAUUAGGACUGAAUUAUUUCUUAAUCACGAUCCAGUUAUUCUGCGCUGUUAGAUCCUAUAUGUGAAGACUAUAGUUGGCCUUCAUUUCCUGUAUCUAUUACUACAAGAGUUUCAUUAAUGUUGAGUUUUAAAUAUUGAAAAUCAGAAUCAGGUUUAAAUGGGAAAUCAUCAAAUAAUCAUUACUUCAGUUGUUUAUGGCCAGAUGAAAGUCAAGGCACAGAUGUUUUUGGUGUUUAUCAUUAAACUUAAGUGAACAUAGCCAGCUAGAGUUGAAUCAGUACUUGAAUAGAAAUGUUCGAAGAACAAUAGGAUGAAGGCAAGUAGUGUGUAUUGGUGUUUUUCUGAAGACCCAUUAUAAAAUCAGGGAUAAUGAUGCGCACUAUGGUUUUGACAUACCCUUUCCUGCUUAUACAGGGAUGGAUUGUGUUAUCGAUCUAGAGUUUCGUUUAUCUUACAAAUGCACUAUUCUGUUGACUGAGUUCAAUGUGACAGUUUUUAAAAUGUAAUAGUUAUGAUUGGUUUGUGUUUUAGUACCCAUUAUGUCAAACUUGAAACUGUUUUUAAAUGUGCAAAUGUAUAUAAAACAAGAUUUUGUAAUAUUUUUAUGUCACUUUCACUGGUGUUGAAAGCUGUUUAGAAUAUUUCAUUUCGUUUCUUUGGUAAAUUCUGCUUAUUCUAAGGUUAUGUUCAGACUUGGCACAGCAUCUAAAUCCAGUGUUCCUAACCUGGGGUCCACUGACUUCUUGCUUAAUGGUAUUUGGUCCAUGGCAUAAAAAAGGUUGGGAACCCCUGAUCUAAAUUAAACCAGUAUUGUAUAAUAUGUUAGCCACAUAAGAAAUUGAGUAUGCACACACUGCAAAUGCAUUUCUGAUUUGUUUAUAAAAGAUGAGUAAUAAAGAAAAUUAUUAGGUG